AUCCUUGUCACCGGGGCGACCGGUCGCGUUGGUAAAGAAGUCGUCGCACGGUUAUCGGCGAUACCCGGAUUCAGAGUACGCGCGGCGACGCGGGAUAAAUCGGCAUACGCCGAGGCGCUCGGCGCGCACGAAACCGUGGUUUUUGACCUGGAAGAUAAAUCGACUUGGCCAGGCGCGAUACGAGGCGCGACGAGAUUGUUCUCGAGCACGCAGGACAAGCACAUCAGCCAGCACAUGGAGUUUGUGAAGUGGUUGGGAAACACUCCAGAGGUACGAGAUAGCUUAAAGCACAUUGUACGGGUGAGUUGUUUCGGAGCUGAUACGAAUACAAACUCGUACGAUGCGUCUAUUCACGAAUGCUUUAUCGAAGCCGGUUUCAAGGAAAAGUUGACUUCUGUUCGAGGUAACUUUUACAUGAAUCAUUUACUGAAGAACGAGCUCGAAAGUAUAAAGACAAAGGGAAUGUUCACGUCGCCUUUGGGAGACUGCAAGAAUAGUUUUGUAGCGUGCAACGACAUGGCGGAGGCAGCGGUGAGAUGCUUCGUCGAGGGACCUGAAAGACACGGGGAUAAAUUCUAUGACAUCUGCGGUGCGCAAAGUACGAGUAUGGCUGAAGUGGCUGAGAUUUUAACGAAAGCUUUA